AUGGAAUCACCACCCCUCACGUCAAGUCAGAAUAAUACCAUUGACGAGAGUUCAGAUCAAAUCUUGGUUCCAGUGGUAGGACUCACUCCUAGGCGGGUCAAAGUUUAUUUAUUACAAGGUGAAGAUUGGUUAGAUAAUGGAACAGGAUAUUGUGUUGGAGAAAUCGAUGAAACUUCUAAAUCACCUUAUUUCUUAGUACGGAAUGAAAAGGAUCCUCAAGAUAUCAUCUUAAAAUCAUUCUUGGAAGGUUCAAUUCAAUAUCAGCGACAACAAGAGACUUUAAUUGUUUGGACUGAUCUUAAUGGUAAAGAUCUUGCCUUAUCAUUUCAAGAAAUUGAAGGAUGUGCUGAUCUAUGUGAAUUCAUUAUUAAAGUACAACAAGAACUGUAUAGUCCUGAUAUAUCAUUAUAUUAUGUCAUACCGAGCCUUACUGAAGGUGAAGAUAUAACUGAAUUAAUCACAGGUCCAGUAAUAUAUCCUAUUGAACCAACUACUACAAAUCUUGAAUCAAUAUUAGAAAAUCUAAAUCAAAGUUCAAGUUAUCAAUUCAAACGAUUUAAAAUCCUGAAAUAUAUCAUUGAUAAUGAUUAUUUUUCAAAAUUAGUUACAGCAUUUGAAGAAUCAGAAUUAUCAAAAAAUCUAAUUAAUCUAUAUACAUUAAGUGAAAUCAUUAAAACUUUAAUCUUAUAUAAUGAAACUACAUUGAUUGAAGAUUUAUUAUCAUCAGAUGAAAAAAUAUUUGCCUUAUCAGGUAUACUUGAAUAUGAUCCAGAAUAUCCCAAUUUUAAAGCUUGUCAUCGAGAGUUUUUAAAGAAUAAAUCAUUUAAAACCAUUAUACCAGUUGAUAAAUUAAAAAUAUUCAAAAAGGAUUUCCAUCUAAACUAUUUAAAAGAUGUGGUAUUAGCUCGAUUUCUUGAUGAUCAAACAUUUAACUUAUUAUCGUCUUUGAUUUAUAUAAAUCAAGUUGAAGUUAUCAAUUAUCUUAAGGAUGCCAGUAUCUUGGAAACCUUAUUUAAAAUAUAUAAUGAAGAUGAUGAAAUAAAUCUAAAACGUGAUGGUGUGAGAAUGUUACAUCAAUAUGUCCUUAUUGCAAAGGGCUUACAAACUUUCCAACGACUGGAGUUCUUUUCUAUGUUAGUUAAAAGUGGACUAUUCAAAAUGAUUAGUUUUGCUUUGAAAGAUCUGGAAAAUAGUAUCAGAGUUCUAGGUACGGAAUUGAUUGUCAUUAUUAUAGAACAAGAUGUUUCGUUAGUGAAUUCAGUUGAUAAUGAAGAAAAUAUUGAUAAUUCAGAUCCACCAGCUGGAAAUCAUAUCAUUAAUGAAGAAGAGAAAUCAAUUGUUGCUACAAAUGAUACAAAACGACUUAAAUUAAAAUUAUCAGAUGAUAUGACUUUAAUUACUAUAUUAACUAAGUUAUUAGUAGAAGAUAAAAAUCCCGGAUUAAAAGUUCAAGCCUUUGAAGCAUUAAGAAUUUUAUUAGAUGCUAAUAUUGCAACAUCAACUAAUCCCAUUCACAAUAAUAAUAAUAAUAAUAAUCACAUACCAACUGACAACGAUGAUGAAGAAGAAAAUACUAACGGAAUCAUUGAACCCGAUGAUUUUAAAGAUAUUAAUAUUAAGAAUUAUUUCAAAGCAUUUUAUUCUGAGGUUGCACCUAAAUUAUUUCAUAAUUUAAUUGAAUUAGCUUCAAUGUCAGACGAUGCUAUUGAUUCCAAUGUUAUAGAAAGUAUCAGAAGUAAUCAAUUAUUAUAUCAACAUUUAUGUGAAUUAAUUUCUUUCUGUACUAAAGAACAUGAAAGCCAUAUAUCACGACCAUUUUUCCUUGAAAGUAAUAUUUUAUUAGGACUUGGGAAAUUAAUAAAAAUCAAUGUUAAAACGAUUUUAAAAUUAAGUGCUAUAAGAUGUUUAAAAAGUUUAAUCUUAUUGAAUGAUAAUUUUUAUACUCGAUAUAUUAUUAAUAAUCAAAUUUUACAUUAUUUUUUUGAUUAUUUUGAAAAGAUUGCUGAUCAAAAUAAUUUAGCUAAUUCAACAUGUUUAGAUUUCAUUGAAUUAAUUCUUAAAAAUUGUGAUGAAUCAAUAACUAUUAAGAGACAAAAUUAUAAAUUAUUAGCCAGUUAUAUUUAUAAUGAUUUUAAAGAAUUUUGUGGAACAAAAAUCAAUCAUGUUAGUACUGGAAGAGAAUUAAUUGAUUUAGUUGAAAAUGGAUUUUAUGAUGAUUGUAAUUCAUCAAGUAUGGUUAAUGGUACUGAAAAUACUACUAAAAAUGAUGAUAUGAGUUUUGGAUCUGAUGAAGAAUUUUUAAAUAGUCAUAAUGCUUCAACUCCAAUUAAUGAAGAAGAUAAUGAUAUGAUUGAUCUGGAAGAAAGUGUGCUUGAUAAACAUACUCCAACUGAUAUAUUUGAGCAUACUGUUGUUAAUGGAGAAAAGCGACCUCGAGAAGAUGAAGAAGAGGAUGAUGAAUCAGAUUCUGAAGUUGAAGUAGAUCAAGAUCAAGAACAAGUUAUCGGGAAUGGCAAGUUCAAAUCUGAAACUGAAGAGGUUAUAACAUCAUCAGAUGAAAGUUCAGACAUUAAUUCCCAUAAAGGAAAGAAUGGAGUAACGAUCUUGACUACCACUCAUAAAAAUCAUGAUAAUAAUAAUAAUAAUAACACUAGUAAUGGUGGUGAUGAAGUAGAAGUAAAGAAAUCAAAGUCUAAUGGAGUUCAAAAGAGAUUUUCUUCAGCUAGUAAAAAGAUUGCUUUAAGCUUAAGAAAUAAAAACAAUUGA